ACAAUGCAAAAAUAUACAAAUUGAAAAGACUAUACAAUGAAAUCAAACUCGGCGAAACUGCUAAAUGCAACAAUUUCGGGUACAGAUUACGUAAUUUGCUGUCAGGUUUUCCAUUGGUCCACUGUGUUUGAUGCUGUCCUUUGAUUGGUGGAGCAGCCUGCCAGUCUCUCCUGGUGCGUGGUGCUUCCUGUUGUGAGCUUCAGCCGGCGUGUCUCACAGCCCGUGUGGCGUCUCGACUGGCAGGGAGCAAACAGGAUGAAAAUUGAAAAAUGGAGCUUCAGCACCUGUAAAAUUUAAAAGCCACUCUCAGCUUCGAACCAUGAAACUCGCCACUGUGGCCUUUUACGGUGUCGCUCUGGGGCUGCUGGCGGUCGGCCUGCGAGAGUUGCUAACUGGCUUCGAGGAGAACAGAUGCAGUAUGACCUAUAUGUUUGAAUACCCGGAGUAUCGGCGCAUUGCUCUGCCUCGUCGUGUGGCCAGACUGUACCCAGCAUACGGACUCUACCUGUACGGAGAGGGUCUGUACGCGCAGGAGACCCGGGCUCUUAAACUCACCGGUGCCCCUGUGCUUUUCCUGCCUGGAAAUGCCGGAAGUUAUAAACAAGCUCGCUCCCUGGGCUCCGUCGCCUUGAGGAAGGCUGAAAACAUGGAAGGAGGUCUGCACUUCAACGUGUUCACCGUGGACUUCAAUGAGGAGCUGGUGGCGCUGUACGGAGGCAGUUUGCUCAGGCAGACACAUUUCCUGCACGAGAGCAUUAAAGCCAUCCUGAGGCUCUACAAGCACCUGAAGAGCCCUCCUCAGAGCGUAGUGCUAGUUGGUCACUCCAUGGGAGGAGUGGUGGCCCGAGCACUGUUCACUUUGCCUCGGUUCAACACUCAUCUGGUCAGCCUCAUCAUCACCCAGGCCUCCCCUCACCAGGCUCCAGUGCUGGCCCUCGACCCAUACCUGCUGGAUUUCUACUCUGCUGUUAGACAGAAGUGGGUGAACCAGGCGAACAAGCUCAGGAAUGUCACUGUUUUAUCAGUUGGAGGUGGUUACCGUGACUACCAGGUCCGCUCUGGCCUGACUUCUCUUCCUUGUCCCCGAGGAGACAUUAAUAAGCUGUCACUGGUGGUAACUGCAGUUCCCAGGACAUGGGUGUCCACUGAUCAUCUAUCCAUUGUUUGGUGCAAAGAGCUGGUUCUUGCUACUGUCAGGGCAUUUUUUGACCUCAUCGAUCCUGAAACCAGACAGUUCACAGAAGACCUGGAGAAGAAAAUGACUGUGCUCAACCAUCAUUUCAUCAGACACCCUGUCAGGAUGCUGGGAGAAACCCAAGAAACCUCCAUCUCAAUCCUAGAUUUUCCUGAGGCAUGGAGUGAAGUUAACACUCUACGUUUGGCUUAUAGCACUCCUAAGGAAGGACAAGUCAAGUACUUCAUGUUUGCUCUGUCGAGUCGCAGGAAAGCCUACAGUCAUUUCUACUGUCGGAGCAACAACCUGGAGAUGACUAGCUGGGUGUAUGGCUGUGUGCACAAGAACGGUUCUUCAUGUGUGCAUGCAGUGGAUCUCUCAAUGGGAACUGAGCUUCUGCCUCCAUACAAGGUCCUGAUUCUGAGUCUCAGUGACUUUUCUUCAGUUACUCAUCUGGUUGUUUCGGCCUCCAACCUCAAUGGCAGACAGUUCACAGUGGAGUGUGAGUGGCAGAGACAAGAAUCUCAGACUUUAUCUGUCCCAGUACCUCAUGUCCUUUCCUUAGGUCUGGCUGCCAGCGAGGUUACUGUCAACUCCUCUGGCCUUCUUCACAAUAUUGAGCUGCAACACUUUCACCAAGUGUACCAGGCUUUCAGAAUUAAUGUUGCUAGUCAGUGCAAAGUGAACAAAGAUAGAUUGCCAAAUGUGUACAGGAUAAAAGUGGCGUGGUUUCGAGAGGACUCUUUAACUACAGUUAGUGUGCCGUCAGUGACAGAAAUCUCAGGGAUGCUACAUACAAGUCGUCCAGACAAUACCUCAGGUGUCCUCCUGCAGCUCCACACUGCUCCCAACUGCCAGUAUAAGGUGUCAAUAAGAACUUCAUUACCUAAGGUUCUGGGACAGGUACUGAGGUUCUGUGGUCCCAUGGUGCCGGUCUACACCGCUGUAACCCUCCUCCUGGCCUGUGUGGGGCAGCUGUCCUCAAUCAGGAAAUUGAGGCGAGCUGCAGCCAUGAGCCUGGUAGUGGCCAAAGGCUUACAGCCUCACAAAGUCAACGUAUCUGUUUACAUUCUGCACAUCUUACUCAGCUGUAGCUGUUUUCUUGAGGUGCGGUCCUUUCUUUUCCUCCCACCGAUGGAUACACUCCCGCCAACGUUUCCUGAUGGGACAUUUCAUGAAGGAGUCCCACCAGUUGAAGAAUGGCCCCACCUUCUUUCCCCUCUGCUCUACAUCUUGGGGGCAGCUGUGGCAUACUGGGGCAGCACACUACUCCGUCUCAUCAUACGACUGAUCUCAUUACUAUUAGCUCCGCUGCACAGACCGUCUGUGUCUAGAGACUGUGGCACCUUGCGACUGCGAACCCAGAUCCUCAUCACUGUGGGUCUGACGGUCACCGGUGGAACGUUCUGUGGGGCGCUCUCAAUCUUUGUCUCCUUUCUGUUCCACCUUUAUAGGGUACUAAGGCUGCAGAUGACACAAAGGUCUUUGAGUCACAUGCUGAAUCUGGCACCCCGGAAGCACAAAGAAGUUGAGAACGGCGCGAUUGAUGCUGACUCCUUGAGAAAGACUAAAGAAUGUAGCAGCACCCCCCUGCUGUCUGAGUGCGCUCUGCAGGAGGUGAGGGAUGACCUGCAGCUCCACCUCUGCAUAUCAGCGCUCUUCACGCUACCUGUCAUGCUCAGCGCACCCUCGCUUAUCCACUGGAUCCGCAACCUGAGGUACUCCACCCAGUUGGAUCCUGAUCCAUGUUGGCCACACAUUGUGCCUCUAAUUAUUGUCUACAUGCUGCUCAUUAACUGCAACACUUUAAAACUCAGCAACAGUAAACUCCUGCCUCUGGCCUCCUGCCUCCCUCUCCCUUUGGCCAUCACCAUGGUGACCUUCUCUCCACUUCACCUCUACAGAGUCGUCUACUUCUUGUUGGCAGCACUCGUCCCUCUGGCCUUGUGUUGUCUCCUCUGACGGUAUCUGGCUGGUUUCAGUCUCCAUCUCUACCAUAACAUGCCUCUCUCUAAUUUACAGCAUGACUCAGUGAAGCUGGUUGAGACAGAUUUGUACAGAGAAGACUUUCUGUAUCAAGCUGCCAUGGAGCAGAGCCAUAGACAUACAUAGCCUGGGGAACUGCCUGCUCUACGUUAGCACUAAAAGCUCCAUGGCAAUUACACUAGGUUUUAAAAUAAGACGAUGUAAUGGCCUUGGAACAUUUGGUGCGAAUGUGGCACUGUUGGAUUGACCUGAAACCAUGUUUGCCUUACUCUGUAUAUCUAUAGCUCUGCCUUCAGGGAGCAAGAACUCCACAACCAGUGAAGCUACUGAUGCUAGAGAUUUUCAACAGGGUGUUACUGUUUCUAGUGUCAACAGUGGCAUUGUUCACUGUGGUCAUAAUGCUGUCAAAUCCUACACUGCCUACUGCUUAGCAAUGACUUACAGCUGUACGUGUCUGAUGUAGCACCGCCACCAAACCAGUGGCAGUGUCAUACAUUCAUUCCAUCAGAAAAAUCCAAAGCAAUCAUGUUUACAUUCUCCCAAUUUUUUUUACAUGCAGCUGCUGCAUAAUGAUAGCCUAGCCGCGCUAGACAACCCACGGCAACGAAUUUAAUUCUCUGCCAGGGUGGGUCUAGUUACCCUCCAUAAGGCUCGAGGCUGGAUUCUCCUAAAACUGGCCGGACCAAUCACCAUGAAGUGUAGAGUCAGAAGGCGGCCGUAACUAAGUGACGACAGAGGCGUGACGAUUCUGACAGAAACAACCGGAAACAACUAGCCUAGCCGCGCUAGACAACCCACGGCAACGAAUUUAAUUCUCUGCCAGGGUCGACAACAAAAACGACAACAGUCGUUGAGCUCCAUUAGCACCGACUCUGAAUAAUCUUUCUGUUAACAUGUCUGUAUUCGUUGCGCUGAUUGGUUGUAUACCUAUCCAGUUGCUGCAGAGUGAUUUGAUAGACAACCUUUUAGCCCGCCUCCCUCCCUGUCGAGCGUGCCUAGACCCUUGCGUCUUCAGAGCAUGGGUCUAGCGCGGCUAGGCUAGCAUAAUGAAGGAUUGCAGUGGAGAAUGUCUAAGUGUAUGUGCAGAUUCUAAAAUGGCUCACAGAAGACAGAUGUUACGGUUUGUUCCAUGAUCUCUACGCUACAGCGGUGUAGCUAAAGAGCUUCAGAAGCAUAGUCAAACUGACAGCAGUAUUUAUUUUUCAAUGGUACAAAUGUAUAUGUCCUGUACCAGAUACUCACAAUGUGAGGUCAUUCAUGCAUUCACUUACUGUUGGCAGCUGUGACUGUUAAUUGCCUUGGGGCUUAUUUAAAAGAAGCAUCUUAUAGUCUUGUGGGCAGAAAUAAUAGCCACACAUUUCCCUGUCCUGAAGAAAUACGCCAAAAGCUCAAAAGUGGAAAAGCAGUUGAGAAUUUCAGCACUAGUCCAACUCAGACUUCCAUGUUUGCCUGUUCUCCUUCACACUGCUCAUUCCAACAUUACAGCCAUGCCUUACUCUGUGAUCUGGUAUACACAGUUUUCAAAAAUAUAAAAAACAUCUGAAAUAUUAUUCUUGCCCAUCAAUUAAAAUUUGCCAAUGAAACUCAAAACUGGCUGGUCAGAUCUUUCCAAAAAAAAAAAAAAAAAAGCUUCCCAGUGGGCCAAUGGGUAGUAUUUUACUUUGUUCAUUGUAGGCAUUUAAUUUGAAAUACCAGUGCAAUUUUACUAUAAUUGUCUGUAGAUUGUAAUAAAAACAGCAGGGAGGUCUCAUAAGUGAGUGAACAGCAUAUCUGUAUGCAUACGUACAUACACGACUGUACAGAAGUAGAGGGUCACUUAAAAAUGUCCUUAUUUUUGAAAGAAAAGCAUUUUUUUCAAUAAAAAUAACAUUAAAUCAAUCAGAAAUACAGUCUAGGCAUUGUUAACGUGGUAAAUGACUAUUCUACCUGAAAAUGACUCAUUUUUAAUGAAAUAUCUACAUAGGGAUACAGAGGAGCAUUUCCAGCAACCAUCACUCCUGUGUUCUAAUGCUACAUUGUGUUAGCAAAUUAGCCCACCUGCAAUUUUUUUUAUUUGAAUUUUUUUUCAUAAUAAAAUGCACACAACUUAUUGCUAUCAAAAUCAGCAUUAUACCAGAGGUGUUAUAAGAGACACAACUCUUAAAUAAUUCUAAACAGGAAUGUAUGAGAAGCUUCUGAAAUAAUUUCUACAUUGAAGUAGUUUUUCUGCUGAUCUGUGUUACAAAAUCUGAAUUGUGAUGGGCUUGAGUUAGUUUAAAAACAAUGCUGCAUGAAAAGUUAAAAAAUUGAAGUGAGUACUUAGUUUUGAUCCAGGAACCUCCAUGUUUCCAGCACACUGCAGUGUGUCUUUAUGUGUCAGAAUAGCUGCAGUGCAGAAGGUUAAAUGCAGUUACACAAAAAGAUUAUGGGCUGAUUGUGGAAAAAAUAAAAUAAGCUGAUAAAAGUAAAAAUUCUAAACAGGCAAAUUAGCUUCAAGGGGCGUAACAAAUCUUUCAUUUUCAUUGGAUUUUUCAUUAUGGACUUAGGAUCGCGUCGUUCACCAUACAGUCUGUGGGCGUACUGGAAAUGAAUGCAGAAGUCUUGCGUCGUUCUAUUUUGAAGUUUUGAACUACUUACUUUCUCUGAGUCUCAGAUUUAUGUUCAGGGGUAAUGGGAUGUCUGUGUAGUAUUGCAGCUGAUGCACAUAUGAAAUAUGAUUUGAGAUUCAAAUAAGAAUUUCAAGCCUUUUUGUUUGUUUAUAUAGAAAUAAUGAAAUUUGCUUUUCGCUGUUGCAGUGUUUGGGUAGGUGAGGGAUUUGGCUAAUAUAUUUUAACUGUAUAUUUAGCUUUGGUUUAUUUGUUGAAUUUGUAGCUGAAUACCUUUAUAUCGGAAAUUGAUGAAACUAUUGCAAACUAAAGUCAACCACACAUGGACUAGCGUAUCAGCAACAAAAAAAAUCUUGUGAUGAUUUGAAUGUUAUUGGUCCAUAUAAAAGUACACGUGUAUUUCUUGUGGAUCAGAUUCUAACAUUUGAAGAGCCAUUUAAAUGACAAGACCAGACUUAUUCUUCAAUUGAAGGUGUUAUUUGAUCUUAUGGGGAUCUUUAAAUGGAUAAAACCAGGAAGGGGGAAAUUCUUCUGUCACAAUUGCUGUCAAACCGUUUUCAUGAUUGUCGUAAACAAUGUGUGAUGGUGUGUGUUUCGGUAUGGUGUGUUGUUAUGGCAUUCAUGUAGGCCUCACAUUUUGUUGCAUUUGGAGUUCAGUUUUUGUUGCCAAUUACUUUAUUUAAAUCAGUUGCACUCAGAAUGACACUCCUUAGCUAUAAAUCAGUUUAGUAAUAUUUUAGUCUUUGAAGGAUGAUUUCAGACACAUAUUUCUGAAAAAAACAACAACAUUGGGAUGAUAUCAAAACAAAAGGGUUUGUCGCUCAUCAAGUGCAGCUUAUUUUUUAUUAAUUUUACGCCUUUUUAUGUUGAAAUCUGUGUCUUACACUUUUGUUUUUUCCCUGUGACCUCCUGUUGUUGCUCUCGCUCCCUUCCCUUCCUGUCAGCGAAGCAGCUGCUGUGCCUUUCUGCUUUCUCGUGCAUGCAGCAGUGCACAUCAUUCAGACCUGCCACCCAGUUUAAACCCAUUCAGUGCUCAGCAGCAGUGUGCUGGCUGAGCGACAACGGCCUACAGUGAAUGUAUGUGUACUUCACGACUCGGCACAUUAAGAAGUCUUCAACUUUUGUGUGACUUUCUAAGAACUAGAUGCUAAAGAUAAGUUCAUUAGGGACCAAUCAAGCUUGCCCCCUCAGGCAAGCACACAGUCAUAAGUGAACAUGCUCUGCAAAGACGCCGCUGUUGUUCCCAAUGUGAAUGUACUUGCACUGAAUGUCUCUACGUGUGUUUGAAUUUGUGCAAUUACUAGUAGUGGAAGUGAUCAGCUUUUCUGUGCACUUGUCCGUUUGGUGCAGUUUUAGUGCUUUGAGACGCACAUUGUCUGCCUCGUUGUGAAUUAGUGGCAAACACUACUUUGUAGAACAAAUUAGUAGAGAUGAGUUAUGUUUUAUAUAAAUAUACUUGUAAUUUGUAUCGGUGUUCACUGUGAUUAUGUACUUCCAAAUGUUCAGAUUUACACUCGAGGGUUUUCUUUCCAAACUGAAAAAUCCACACUUAGAAAAAGAAGUCACAAUAUUUCAUUUCCAAUUGGUUGUUUUGGAAUAUUUGGCAGUUCAAAUGUGUUCUGUGCCAUAUCUGAGGGUUAGGUUCAUAACUUUAAGUCAGGGAAUCAAAUUUAACGAAAGUAAAAUCUUAAAUACUGCAGUUUAAAAAUCAGUUACUGUUACUCUGUUGAUGUCCGUGAACAGUGUCUAACAUCUGUUAAUUUGUGUAACAUUUGGCAAUUUAGAUCCAAUUCAGAUCAAGGGGUGUUCACAGGGAUGAAGCCAGUCACCACAUUAUUUGUCCAAAUUACCUCUUAAAAUGCCUUCAUUUAAACUCAUUUGUCUUCAGUCUAAAUUGCAUAUUUCAGCAUCCCAGAAUUCCAGAAAGCUUUAUCAUGGUGUCUGUACUUUGACACUUACGGAUGAGUGACAGUUUUUUUAAGAUAUUGAAUGCCAGUCAGCAAAUGGACUUUUGCACCGAAAUCUCUCUCUCUUUUUUUUUAAGGAACUCAUUUUUCUUUCACAGAAACUAGUUUGCAUUUCAAUCAAAGCACACUAAGAAAAAGGUAUCCUCUCCUCCCCCUGACUGGAUAGAUCCCUGUAAGCAUCCACUUGAAACUUUCUGUGCAGCUGCCAAAAGCUUACGCUGCUUUUACCAAAAAAACACAGAGGGUCAUACUUCAAGAUUUUGCACUGCCAAGCAAAGUUCGCUUUUAGAAUCAGGCGCUCUCACCAGUGCAGACUUUUUUUGUUCUACCACUUCUUACUGAGAAGUUACUGUUAAAUGGCGACCGACGUGAAACUCAACAAAACUAUAAAAUUCAGUAACAAAACUGAUUAUUGCAGAAAAGUUAUUUGUGUUCAUUUUAAUUGAGAGACACCUGGUUGUUUGUAUUUAGUCUCAUUUUCUGUACCAAGUAAUGAAGAAGUCACAUUCAACAGUGGUCAUCUGGUAACAUGGAAGUAAAUUAGAAUAAAUGUUAGAACUGUCUAGAAGUGCUUUAAAGUCUGGUAGUUUCCCUUCUCUUGCUUCUGCCUAGAGGGAUUUUGAAACCUGCAACCUCCUGCUAGCUGCUCCUUUUCGUGCAGAACUAGUUAGUCCUCUAACCCUUGCUGAUAUCCCAGGCAGGUAGAUGAGAGACAUGACAAUAUUUACAUCGAGUUUAUUUCAUUCAUAUUUUCGGGCGAGGCUCUAGUGUGGAAGAGUAUUUAAUCCUCAGGUUUCUGCAUUGUCAAAAUUGGUUGCUUUGAUGUUUUUAUAUUUAUCACAUUUUUAUCUGAUGUCAUUGUAAAUGGGCAAUUUUUUGGCACCAUUGCUGUUUCAAUAAAACUAUGAAAAUAA